AUGGCAGUCCUUCGCCUCUUUGUCCUCAUUUUUGCUGGCCUGUUGGAAUCCCUUGCCCAGGAAGGUAAAAUAUUGAAUGUUUGCCUUUCCACAGAUCUCCAGAAUCAGGCAUUUGUUUUCCCAGUCGAAUCGAACACAGCUGCAGUGGUUCUGAAGGCUCAGAUCCCACAGCCACUGACCAGCUUCACCUUAUGCCUGAGGUACUACACACUCCUGACCCGGCAAUACACACUCUUCUCUUAUGCUACGAAGACCAGCGACAAUCACCUCUUGCUCUUCAAGCCCACACCCAACCAAUACAGCGUUUAUAUUGGAGGCCCUGCAGUCACGUUUAUUCUUCCUGAAAAAAAGAACGCUCAGCCUGCUUGGGAACAUAUCUGUGUGAGCUGGGAGUCUGCCACGGGAUUAGUGGCAUUAUGGUUGGAUGGAAAACCACUGCCCCGACUGGGACUCCAAAAAGGUUUCUCUAUAAACAAUGAUGCAUCUAUUGUACUUGGGCAGGAUCAGGAUACCUUUGGGGGUGGCUUUGCUACCGACCAAUCAUUUGUAGGGGAGAUAAAGGAUGUAUUCCUGUGGGCUAGGGCUCUCUCUACUGAUGAAGUGUGCCGAGUCUUGGAUGACUGCCCUCUCAGCAACUAUUUGUCUCUGAUUAACUGGCGAGGCUUAACGUAUGAAAUCCAGGGAUAUGUUGUUCUUCAGCAUUGUCUUACUUCUUGCAUAAGCUCAGGAAUUCUGUGAUAAUUUCAUACAUGCAUAUUCUUCCCCAAUGAUUUUCCAAUAAAGGAAGAGAGUAUCCUACCCAUUUUGUAUUUCUAUUCUUUUUAAUGCUCAAAGGAAAUUGUACAUUUAAAAAUGUGGAUGAGAUACAACCAAAGUGUGAUCAGAACUGGGUUCCUUUGGAAAGGUGUAGAUGCUUCCUGAGA